UUUUGAAAACCGUCUCAUCUUUCACGCCCACCUUCAUCCGCAAGAUCUUCUCAAUUCUCUCUCUCUCUCUCUCAUCUUCAUCGAUGACCUCUUCUCCGUUUCUCAUCUUCAUCAGCGGCCUCUCCACUGCAUCUCGUCUUCCCCGCUCAUCUCCAUCUUCAAUCUCUCCUCUGUCCUAUAAUGUAUUAUAUCACUUCCAUGGAUUACUCGAGGUUUAUAUUCAUCUCAUUCAAUCUGAAAUUCUGAAAAAUAUCAUAUUCUCCCCAUGGAUGACUAUAACAACGUCAAGAUUUCUUCUUCUUCUUCAAGUUUACAAGUUCACAUGAAUAUGAUUUAAAGGGAUAGACAUGGAACAUCAUAAGAAGACACCUC